AUGGUUAAGCCGCGAUUCGUCCGUCCGACGACAUCGUCACCAUCCUCCGAUGCCGGAGAACCGAACUCAUCCAAUCUAUACGUCGCGAAUUGUGGUCCGGCGGUUGGACUGUCACACGACGCAAUCGCGGCUGCGUUCGCUGUAUUCGGUGAAGUGAAAGGCGUUUACGCGGCGGACGAGAGCGGCGUUCGUGUCAUUGUCUCUUUCGCGGAUCGUUUCUCGGCGAAAUCUGCUUUAGAAGCUUUGAAUGGUCGGCCAUGUCCGGAUCUCAAUGGUCGGUCUUUGCAUAUUCGAUAUUCUGUUCGUCAAUUAGCUUCCGAGACGCAGGUGAAUGAUUGUGUUCCAGUUUCUUUGGUUGAUUCAGAGUUGAAUAUACCAGGGCUUUUCCUAGUACCUGAUUUCGUCAGUGUCGAAGAAGAACAGCAAUUGCUUGCAGCUGUUGAUACUCGGCCUUGGAUUGGUCUUGCUAAACGGCGUGUUCAACACUAUGGAUAUGAGUUUUGUUACGCGACAAGAAAUGUUGAUACCAAAAAGAAGCUCGGGGAGCUUCCGUCGUUUGUUUCUCCUAUACUCGAAAGAAUCUCUUUGUUUCCAAACCUUGACAACGAUCCAGAAAGCUUGAGUUUGGACCAAUUAACGGUAAAUGAGUACCCGUCUGGUGUCGGUUUAUCGCCUCACAUUGACACGCAUUCAGCGUUUGAAGAUUGCAUUUUCAGCCUUUCGUUAGCCGGUCCUUGUAUUAUGGAAUUCAGAAAAUACUCUGUUUCCACAUGGAAAAUAGCCUCAACCACCGAUGCAGAGAAGUCGGGUAACUCCUCUUGCAUCAAGAAAGCCUUAUAUCUUCCUCCUCGGUCUAUGCUCUUAUUAUCCGGAGAAGCACGGUAUGCUUGGAACCACUACAUUCCACAUCACAAGAUUGACAUGGUGAAGGAUAAAGUGAUCAGAAGAAGUCCUAGAAGAGUAUCUUUCACACUUCGGAAGGUGAGAAAUCAUCCUUGCAGAUGUGAGUACCCACAAUAUUGUGACUCUCAGCAUCAAAAGAUAAGUUGA